GUUCGUAUCUAUCAAUUUCUUGUUUGCUUAGUCCCAGGAGUUGUAUGCAUCCGUGUGCUUCAGCUUUUCAUAAUUAUCUGUGGGAUAUAGUCAUUUAAAGGUCAAAUACCUCGAGUCAACUCCUCAAGAUGCCGGAGGCUGAGCCGUUGGAGCCCUUCUACGUCUCCGUGAUCAUGACCCUGUUGGCGUGGGUGGUGUGGAUCUACGAUGCGCUCACGUACAUCCCGUGUUACGUCGCGGCGUCCCCCUUCCGCCACCGACGCGACCGCAUGAAGGGCGUCAACGUCGGCAAAGGAGACCGGGCGGGGCCAUACCGAGACUCCUCCCAUCCUCGCCGGCUGACCACCCACCCUCAUGAGAAGUACCAGACUCUGGACGGGGAGUUUGAGCACGUGACGUACAAGUACGGCAAAAUGCCUUGCCUGGGGACACGGGAGAUAUAUAAGGAAGAGGAUGAGAUGCAACCCAACGGAAAAUCAUUUAAAAAGCUGGUGAUGGGUGAGUACAUUUGGCAGACCUAUGAAGAAACUUUCACUGCUGUAGAUUGUCUUGGGCGGGGCCUACGCAGCCUCGGGGUCCAACACAAGGAGAACGUUCUCAUCUUUGCUGAAACAAGAGCAGAGUUCCUGAUUUCCCUGCAGGCUUGCUUCAGGUACGGUUUCACCGUGGUGACACUUUAUGCUACGCUAGGAGAGAAGGCAAUCAUACAUGGCAUCAAAGAGACAGGAGUUCGCGUUGUCAUCACAAGUUCGAGUCUUCUGCCCAAAUUUAAGGCUAUUCAGAAAGAUAUCCCCCAAAUUGAGACCAUUGUCUACAUGGAGGACCAGCUGACCAAAACAGACACCAGCAAGUUCAGUGAUGAAAUGAAGCUUUACUCUUUCCAAUCAGUCGUCAAACAUGGGGAAUCAAACACAGAUACAACUCGCGCUCAACCUGAUCCUGAUGAUCUAGCAAUCAUCAUGUAUACCAGUGGCUCCACUGGUAUACCGAAAGGCGUCAUGAUGUCCCAUAAGAAUAUCAUGUCUAUGGUGUCGGGCGCCAAGAACAGAAUACCUCACUCAAGCGGCAUCGCUCAGCUGGUAUCGGACGAUACCUGUGUCUGUUUCCUGCCCUUGGCUCACAUCCUAGAGGUGGUCCUGGAGUGCAGCCUCCUCUCUGAGGGGUGUCGGCUUGGCUACUCCUCCCCACUCACCAUGACUGAUAUCUCCAGUAAAGUCAAGAAGGGAAGCAAGGGGGACGUGUCUGUGCUGAAACCAACCGUCAUGGCGACAGUUCCUCUGAUUAUCGAUCGGCUCUACAAAGGCGUGAUGGACAAAGUCAACAGUGGCUCUCCCCUACAGAGGGCGCUCUUCAAGUUUGCCUACGACUACAAGCUGCGACACAUUGAGCAAGGAUUUGACACGCCCAUUUUCAACAUGCUGAUUUUUUCUCGGAUGAGGGACAUGCUUGGUGGUAACAUGAAGCUCAUGCUGUGUGGGGGCGCUGCACUGUCGCAAAGCGCCCAACACUUCAUGCAGUGCUGCUUCUGCACAUGCAUAAUGCAAGGCUACGGACUGACAGAGACAAGCGGGGGUGGCACUGUUGCAGAACCCGGUGACUUCAUCACACGUCACGUGGGUCAGCCGCUGUCAUGCUGCGAGAUUAAGCUACUUGAGUGGCAAGAAGGUGGUUACACCCCGGAGGACAGGCCCCACCCCCGGGGGGAGAUCCUGAUAGGCGGGGGAAACGUUGCCAUGGGAUACUACAAGAAUGACGCCCUGACUGACGAGUACUUCAAGACGGUCGACGGCCAGCGAUGGUUCUACACAGGGGACAUUGGGGAAAUGCUGCCCGAUGGAACACUCAGAAUUAUUGAUCGCAAGAAGGACCUUGUCAAGCUCCAGACUGGUGAGUACGUCUCCUUGGCGACGAUAGAGACGGUCCUCAAGAAAUCGCCCUAUGUCGAGAACAUCUGCAUCUAUGCCGACGGUGACUUUGACUACUGCAUUGCCCUGGUGGUUCCCUACAGGAAUAAUCUGGAGAGUGCGGCCAAAGAGCAGGGUUUAUCCGGCAAGUCCUUCGAGGAGAUAUGCUCCAGUAAGAAGAUGGAGCAAGUGGUACUGGUCUCCAUGGCAAAGGUUGCUAUGGAAGGCAAACUCCAGAAGUGGGAGGUCCCCCGGAAAGUGAAGCUGUGCACAGAAGUCUGGCUGCCGGAAACCGGGCUCAUCACGGAUGCCUUCAAGCUGAAACGGCGCGCCCUGUCGGAAUACUACAAGGAAACUAUCAAGGAAAUGUACUACAGUUAGUGGGAGACAAGUACUGCAUAUUUCAUGGGACCAAGGUGAAGUUUUGCAGAGGUAUUGCAAGAUUCUAUAGUCUCUUUUUAACCUGCUGGUAAAACUGUAAAAAGUGGCUGUCAACUUCAACUUUUUAGGAUCAAACUGUUAAAGAGUCUGAGCGUGUUGAUAUACUGUCAUUGAGAUUGCGUGGGAUAUUUUUUCACAACAUAGUUGACGUGAAAUAGUACAGAGACAAAUGUAUAGACACCGCUUUUCUUUACACCAUGUCAUAUGGGUGAAUUAUAGGCAAGGAUAGAGCAGAGUUUUUCAGUACUAAUCAUUUAGUCUUGAAGUGUGUGACCAAAGAACCAAAGAUGUCAAAUUUAAUCAAAAUGUAUCAAAUGUUUUCUAAAAUUUGUUUUGAUGUUAUUAAAAGUUUUCUAUUUCAAAUAAAAAUCUAAUAAGUAUAUAUUAUUGAAGUCUUUAGUGCUAAAUUGUACAAUGUUGCCAAAAACCUUGCAAUAGACAGAAUCCAAAAUUUUUUAAAAUAAUUUUUGAAAAUAUUUUUAGCAUGGUGUAAAUAUUUCCAUUAUUCCAGUGAUCACUGUUUUAGAGUUUUACUUAGACUAGUAAUCACCAAAACUAUCUACGGUACGAGUCACAAAUUAAAGAAAUGUUGUCAUUUUUACUUCACGUGGUUUCAGUUUUUGCUUUUCAUCUUGCAUUAAAGUUAUGCCAGCAGUUUUGCACUAGGAAGCAGAAGGUGCUAUAGCUUAUAAUUUUUUCUUGUAGCUUCUCAGACAACCAAGUAUUCAGUGCAUCCAUUAGAUCUACGUAUUGGAAAAACUCUGUACUAAAAUACUCAGAAUUAUUAAAAGCUAGAUACUAAAAUGGAAAAUAAAUGAAAUAUUCCACAACUGAAACAUUCGGUACCAUCAAUACAAUAAAUAAAGCAUGGACGGCAACUCAAGAAAGUCA